AUGGCCACCAGCAGUUUCUCAGCGGAGCACGAAGAUGAAGCCCCUCCCGAGGUCCUCAUUACUUACAAAGUCCUAGAGGUAUUUCCCAGAAGCCGCCGAGUUCUCAUCUCCUGCCACGCGGCCCGAAAGCCCCCGCCUGUCAAGUAUCUCCUGUGGGGCAGCAGGGGAAUCCUGGUGGCCCGGAAGGUAGUGACCACCGGGGAAGCAGCCUCCUUCUACAUCAAUGUCACGCUCAAGUCCAGGCCAGACCUGCUCACCUAUUCCUGCCAGCUGGACUCGCCCUGGCUGAACACCCGGCAUGACUCGCCCCGGAGACAACCGACCAGCAGCGAGCUACAGCUGUACUGGGAAUUGUGGGCCAAACCGGUGUCCCAGCCACAGGCCAACUUCACGCUGCAAGACGACCGUGAGGGUGCCCUGGUGCAUGUGUCCUGCCAGGCACAGGCGGGCAGUCCCCCGAUCACCUACAGCCUGGUGGGGAAGGACGGGCAUGUCCACACGCGCCAGACGCCCCGCUACGGGCAGCCUGCUCACUUCUCCCUCUCGGUGUCCCAGACGUCCCGCUGGUUCCAGUGCCAAGCUGAGAACAACGUCAGCAUCGGACACAGCCCCCUCACACUGGUGCCCCCAGGACUGCUGCCCUCGGUGCCCACCUUGGUGCUGGCCAGCAGCCUCUCCUCCAUCGCGGCCAUUUCCUCAGGGAUGCUGGGCUGGACCAUGAGGACCAGGACCCACUUGGAAUUGCCCUAUCAGCGGCUGAGUCUCAGUUUCCCUCCCAUAAAGCCUGGAGUAGAGCUGCGCUUGCCGCUGGCUGUGAGCUCCAAGAUGGGCCUGGUGAAGCUGCCGAACAGCCCCGCAGUUGGAGAGAAGGGCCACUCGCGGAUUCCAGAAUCCUGCAUGCAUAACAGCUCGGGAGAGGGGCGACUGCAGACAGAAGGGAGGGUCGGGGGAGGGGGCAAAGGCUGCCUGGACAUCAGUGGCCCUGCAGAGCCGCCCAGUGGGGACCUGAGGGUGGACUGCAGACUGGAUUGA